AGUCUGUGGUUUCGAUAGUUAAAUAUCUUAUUCAUAGUUUUAAAACAAAUUAUUUUAUAAGAAAUUAUGAGUUAUUUAGCAAUAGUGGUGACGAUUCUGUCGAUUAGCACAAGUAGUUGGGCUCAGAAUCAAUGUGUCUGUCCUACCAGUGAUGAUGACUUGAGUACUUUGAAGUCAGUUUUCAUUCUUAUGAGACAUGGCAUCCGAGCCCCCUGGACUACCUACCCAUUGGAUCCAUUUGCUGCCAACAACUCGCAGCGAUUCCCUAACGGAGGCUCACAAUUGACUGAUGCUGGUAUAGAUCAGGCGUAUAAUAUGGGCCGUUAUUAUCAGCAACGGUACGGCAAGUUUAUCGAUGAGAAUCCCAAAAGUGCUUUCUUGAGGGCAUCGGCAGCUCAACGAUGUAUCGACACCCUGUCCAUUGUGGCCAAAAAGUUGUGGCCCCCGACAGUCGAUAAUAAAAAACAAUGGCAGCCGAUGAUAUUUUCAUUGCCACAGAAGAUCGAUAGCAUUUUAUACGAAGAGCCGGACUGUGAGCACGCGGAGGAAGAGGAGCAAAAAAAUCUGAAGACUCCUGAAGUACAGGCCUAUGAGGCCGACCCUAAGAUACAGGAAUUAUACAAAUUCACGAAAGAAAAGACUGGACUUAAGGCUGACAUGUAUUCAGUGACCAAAGCGUUUGAUUGUAUCCGUUGUGAGAAACUCAAUGGACUUCAAUCGCCCGAUUGGGCCACACCUGUGAUCUACGAUAGGAUGGGUGACGUACUGUCCCAGAGACUCAACUUCUUCUAUAAGUCCACUAAAGCACAGAGACUUAGGGCUGGGCCAAUUCUUGAGGACUUCAAGAAAAAUAUGGAUAAUGUUAUUAACGCUAAGGCGACCGAUAAGCCUAAGAAAGUAUUCAUUUAUACCUCGCAUGACUUCAAAAUCGCAUCGGUAUUGUCAGCUCUGGGUGACCCUCAACCCAAGUACCCUCCCUUCGCGGCGGCCAUCAUACUUGAAUUGCACAAAAUUGGCGACAAAAACAUCGUACGGGCCCUCUAUGUGAACCAGACGGUCAACUGGCCCUACACCGCCAUUAAGCUGCCCCUCACCAAAUGCCAGGUCAAAGCAGGUAACCCUCAAAAGCCCGAUACGCUUGUCAAACAUAUUGCUAAAGACAUUUCAUCAACACUUAAAAAACUAUCUCCCAUUGAAUUACCGAAAUUUGGUGCCAAUAAAACUACAGGUCCAGGUGCUAAGGACUGUACUUUCGAGAACUUUGUCAACUCGAUCGCCGACUUAACACCAGUGGACUGGCGAUCAGAGUGUGGACUGGACUGUAAGUAUGACCCCUUCAAGUCGGCUGAAGACAAUUUGGGACAAACAUAGUGUGACUGUCAGAGAGCACUGGUAACCCAUUAUACUGUAAUAUUGGUGCUUUCGAGUGCAAGAAUUUAUUGAUUUAUAAAUUGUAUACUGUAUACAAUAAUACUGUAUUACAUUUAAAGUUUAAUUCAAAUAAAAUUCAAAUGAAAACAUAGUUAAUUAAUUAAUA